AUGCAGGGUCCCUUGAGGAUAGGGGAGCAGAGGCCUAAAUUUCCCUCGAUUGCGCUCGAGUCCAGGGUCGGGAAGAUGCUACCGGGGGGAAGUCGGCCGACGAGCCUGUUGUGGGAGAGAUUCGCGAUUACGAGAUUCUGGAGUUGGCCGAGUUCACGGGGCAUCUCCCCUGUCAGUUGGUUCACCUCAAGCUUCAGAAUCUUGAGAUUUGUCAAUGAAGACAUGGAUUCAGGAAUGGGUCCGCUCAGGUUGUUGUGGGACAAGCUCCUGCACGUAAAUAAUAAUAAGAGGAGAAAAGGAUUUCUGGCAUUGGAAAUGAGAAACACAACAGCAUGA